UUUUAAGAUGUUAGGCCAAGAGGGAAGCGCGGAGCCGCAGAUGUGGUCCGUCGCUCGUCUGAGUGCCUGGAGCUGAGCUGCCGCGAGCCCCGGCUCCAGCUCGCCGGCCCGAGGGGGUGUGCGUGUGUGCGCUGCGGAGGGUGCGCUCGGAGGGCCGCCGUGGCUGUUGUCGCCGCAGGGGAUCUAAUAUCAGCUACCUGUCCCUGUCACUCUUGACACUUCGCUGUCAGGGCUGCUGCGUGGGGGGGGUGGGGGGGUGCGGGCAGAACGCAGUCAGCGUUGGCUUUCCUUAUUGGAGGGGUUCUUGGGGGAGGGAGGGAAGAAAGAGGGGGUCUUUGCCCACUCUUGUUUCGCUUUGGAGCUUGGAAGCCUGCUCCCUAAAGACACUCUGAGCGGUGCCUGCUGACCACAUCCCCAUGUCUCCGUUUGCCCGCUGACUUUCGACCUCCGGAUUCUUUCGUUUGAGACUUCCAGAGGAGACUGGGGAGGCUUGGUUGGAGGACUCGGCGGGAGUUGCGUCCCCUGGCUGCACCCCGAGGGGAAACUCCGCGCCCAGAGCGCGACCCAGAACGGGCAGCGGCGGCAACUGGGGCUCGGCGGGGCAGUAGCCUGGGAGUGGUAGAGCGGCGCGCUCCUUCGUCCAUGAACUGCAUGAAAGGCCCGCUGCACUUGGAGCACCGAGCAGCGGGGACCAAGCUGUCGGCCGUCUCCUCGUCGUCUUCUUGUCACCAUCCCCAGCCAUUAGCCAUGGCUUCGGUCCUCGCUCCCGGUCAGCCCCGCACCCUGGACUCCUCCAAGCAUAGGCUGGAGGUGCACACCAUCUCCGACACCUCCAGUCCGGAGGCCGCAGAAAAAGAAAAGAGCCAGCAGGGGAAGAAUGAGGACGUGGGCGCCGAGGACCCAUCCAAGAAGAAGCGGCAACGGCGGCAGCGGACUCAUUUUACCAGCCAGCAGCUACAAGAGCUGGAGGCCACUUUCCAGAGGAACCGCUACCCGGACAUGUCCACGCGCGAAGAAAUCGCUGUGUGGACCAACCUUACAGAAGCUCGAGUCCGGGUUUGGUUCAAGAAUCGCCGGGCCAAAUGGAGAAAGCGGGAGCGCAACCAACAGGCCGAGCUGUGCAAGAAUGGCUUCGGGCCUCAGUUCAACGGCCUCAUGCAGCCUUACGACGACAUGUACCCAGGCUAUUCCUACAACAACUGGGCUGCUAAGGGCCUCACGUCGGCUUCCUUGUCCACCAAGAGCUUCCCCUUCUUCAACUCUAUGAACGUCAACCCCCUGUCAUCGCAGAGCAUGUUUUCCCCGCCCAACUCCAUCUCGUCCAUGAGCAUGUCGUCCAGCAUGGUGCCCUCAGCGGUGACGGGCGUCCCGGGCUCCAGCCUCAACAGCCUGAAUAACUUGAACAACCUGAGCAGCCCGUCGCUGAAUUCCGCGGUGCCAACGCCCGCCUGUCCUUAUGCGCCGCCGACUCCUCCGUAUGUUUAUAGGGACACGUGUAACUCGAGCCUGGCCAGCCUGAGACUGAAAGCAAAGCAGCACUCCAGCUUCGGCUAUGCCAGUGUGCAGAACCCGGCAUCCAACCUGAGUGCUUGCCAGUACGCCGUGGACCGGCCUGUGUGAGCCGCGCCCACAGCGCCGGGAUCCUAGGACCGUGCCGGGUGGGCAAGUCUGCCCUUGAAAGACUGGGAAUUAUGCUAGAAGGUCGUGGGCACUAAAGAAAGGGAGAGAAAGAGAAGAUAUAUAGAGAAAAGGAAACCACCGAAUCCAAGAGAGAUCUCCCUUGAUUUCAAAGGGAUGGCCUCAGUGUCUGACAUCUAUCACUACAAGUAUUUCCAACAGUUGCAAGGACACACACACAAACGUUUGACUGGAUAUGACAUUUUAACAUUACUAUAAGCUUGUUAUUUUUUAAGUUUAGCAUUGUUAACAUUAAAAUGACAAAGGAUGUAUAUAUAUCGAAAUGUCAAAUUAAUUUUAUAAAAGCAGUUGUUAGUAAUAUCACAACAGUGUUUUUAAAGGUUAGGCUUUAAAAUAAAGCAUGUUAUACAGAAGCGAUUAGGAUUUUUCGCUUUCAAGCAAGGGAAUGUAUAUACUAAAUGCCACACUGUAUGUUUCUAACAUAUUAUUAUAAAAAAAUGUGUGAAUAUCAGUUUUAGAAUAGUUUCUCUGGUGGAUGCAAUGAUGUUUCUGAAACUGCUAUGUACAACCUACCCUGUGUAUAACAUUUCGUACAAUAUUAUUGUUUUACUUUUCAGCAAAUAUGAAAAAAAUGUGUUUUAUUUCAUGGGAGUAAAAUAUACUGCAUACAAA